AUGGCUAGAUGUUACGAUUCCAACAACAACGCGUACCGCUGCAAUACAGGAUGGUCUUCUUGGGGUAGAUGGGUGGCAUUAGCCGUCAUUUUGGUGGCUGCCUUCCUCUUCUUUUUCCUCUGCUCAUGCCUUACGGCAAGGCGUAGACGCAAGGCGGGAAGACAGCCAUACUAUGGCACCGGCUGGGUCGGACGGACCCCAUGGGGCCAUGGACAAGCUCAAUACAACCCCAACUACCAGACACAACAACAACAGCAGCCAAGUUACCAACCUCAGACCGAGAAUUACAAUGCAAACCAGGGCGGGUACUAUGGACAAAACCAAGGCUAUUUUGGAGGCAGACAGACCGAUGUCGAGAUGCAACCACCCUCGAACACAUACCAGGGAGGAGAGAACGUCUACCAACCACCUGCAGGUCCUCCUCCUGCGAAGAAAUGA